AGGGCCACGCCUUCCCUCCCACAGAGCGCGCUGCGCGUGCGGAGAGCUGGCGGCUAUUGGGACUUGCAGGCUGAGCGCGGGGGUAGGGUGGGGGUACGGGAAGGUGCCUGCACCUGCAUGCCUUGAUUUGGGGGCGCACCGAGGACCUGCCGGGAGCAGGCGGUGCACCGGGGACCCGCAGAUUUCACCAGUUGAGCGCGCUGGGGAUCUGUGGCCUGCGCCCGGGGGAUGGGCUAGGGGAACACGCGCACGCUUUGGGUUUUACAGACUGUGAUCGCGCGAGGGGGAGGGCGAAGCGUGGCAGGAGGGCGAGGCGAAGGAAGGAGGGCGUGAGAAAGGCGGUGGCCCCGGCGCGGAGGAGGGUUAUCUAUACAUUUAAAAACGAGCCGCCUGCGCCGCGCCUGCGGAGACUGGGGAGAGUCCAGCUGCACGCGCGGGACACGAGCGUCCCACGCUCCUUGACGCGUACAGCCCGCCACCACUAGGCCUCUUGUCCUCGGACUCCAGACGACCUAGGACGCGUGCCCCGGGACGUUGCUCGGCGGCGCUGUGCCAGAAGCCCCCUGGGGACGCCACUGUUUUCACCACCGCCUCCGGUUCCUCCGCCUGCACCUUCCUGCGGCGCGCCGGGACCCGGAGCGGUCGGGUGGAUGCGGGCGCGAUGGACGGCGGCGCACUGCCCGGGCCCGCGCCCCCUGCGCCCCGCAUCCCUGUCGGCUGCGCCGCCCGGCGGAGACCCGCCUCCCCGGAACUGUUGCGCUGCAGCCGGCGGCGGCGCCCCGCCAACGCGGAGACCGGGGGCGGCGCGGCAGCCGUGGCGCGGCGCAAUGAGCGCGAGCGCAACCGCGUGAAGCUGGUGAACUUGGGCUUCCAGGCGCUGCGGCAGCACGUGCCGCACGGCGGCGCCAGCAAGAAGCUGAGCAAGGUGGAGACGCUGCGCUCGGCCGUGGAGUACAUCCGCGCGCUGCAGCGCCUGCUGGCCGAGCAUGACGCGGUGCGCAACGCUCUGGCCGGAGGGCUGCUGGCGCCGGCCGUGCGGCCGUCUGCGCCCCGCGGACCGCCUGGGCCUGCCUCAGUGGCCGCCUCGCCCUCCCGCGCGUCUUCGUCCCCGGGCCGCGGGGGCAGCUCGGAGCCCGGCUCCCCGCGUUCCGCCUACUCGUCGGACGACAGCGGCUGCGAGGGCGCGCUGAGCCCCGCGGAGCGGGAGCUGCUCGACUUCUCCAGCUGGCUAGGGGGCUACUGAGCGCCCUCGACCUGGGAGCCUCAGCCCUGGAAGCCCAGCGAGCGACCGGCGCGCUCAUCGCCCAGGAGCCCGCCAGGUGGACCGGCCCGCGCUCCUCCCCCGGCCGACGCCUUGUCGCCCGUCCGGCCCAGCCUGACCAAUGCCCGGGUGGAACCGGGCCUGCAGCUGGCCACGUGAGGGCUGGCUUUCCUCCGACGUUGCCCCUUCCCGCAGCUUCUGGACUGCAGUGGGGUGGGGGCACCACACGUGGAGAUUUUUCCGGAGGAGAGAGGAUUCUAUCGGGGCACAGAGAAUCUUUUUUCUGCACGUUAGCUGGAGCUGCCGGAGGAACAGUGCUGGCUAAUGGAGACCUAUUUUUGUACAAAGAACCCUUGACUUGGGGCACAAUAAAGAUGAUCUGGACCCCCGCCCCCACUCUGGAGUUUUACAUGCUGGCCAAGGCCUGGACACGGGCAGCCCCUAAGGGGCGGGGUCCCUGGCAUGAGGUCCCCAUGACUGCCCUCCCUGGGGUUGAUUUGUGGGCGGUGCUGCUCUUUUCUGGAGAAGCCUCUUAAGGAGCAUGAACUUUAUAAAUCAGUCAGUUCUGUUUA